GACAUUAUGCCGCCGAAUGCCACUCUGCAUAUAUUUUGAAAGUUAAUCGAAAUUCAAGCUCAGAUUCAUUUGAACAAUCUAGCACCUCUUCCGAAGACCAAGACCUUUUGUCUGACAAUAGCUCUGAUGUUUGUGACUCUGAUGACAAAAAGUCAGAAGACUCAGAAGAGGACACUGACACAUCUACUUUUGAUGAAUCUAUGUCUUCUGAAGCAGAGACUGACUCAUCUCAAUAUUAA